CAUCGUCACUGCCGCACCUGCGCGGCUCGUGGAAACCACAGAGGAGAGAAGAGGCGUUAAGACACACUGGAUUGAUCUUACGAGGAGAUCUGGAAACGGUCCAUAAAGAGGCUCAUCAAAAACGCAAUCCUCCCUUUAUUGCUGCUAUUCCAGGUUAAAUACCGGCUCAGAGUCUGCGGUCAGCCGGUAAACAGUAGGCGACCCAGAGCGCUUCUACCAGCUGGACAAACAAUAACAAGCCCUUUGCUGUCACAUCAUGAACCCUGAAUAUGACUACUUAUUCAAGCUUCUUCUGAUUGGAGAUUCUGGAGUGGGAAAAUCCUGCAUUUUGUUGCGUUUUGCUGACGACACCUACACGGAGAGUUUCAUCAGCACAAUUGGAGUGGAUUUCAAGAUCCGAACCAUUGAGUUGGAUGGAAAAACUAUUAAACUGCAAAUAUGGGACACGGCUGGACAGGAGAGAUUCCGCACAAUUACAUCCAGCUACUACAGAGGCGCUCAUGGGAUAAUCGUUGUAUAUGAUGUCACAGAUCAGGAAUCUUACAACAAUGUGAAACAGUGGCUAAAGGAAAUUGAUCGCUAUGCGAGUGAAAAUGUCAACAAACUACUUGUUGGGAAUAAGUGCGACCUGACUACAAAAAAGGUUGUGGACUACACUACAGCUAAGGAAUUCGCUGACUCUCUUGGCAUCCCUUUCCUUGAGACGAGUGCCAAAAAUGCCACAAACGUGGAGCAGGCCUUCAUGACCAUGGCAGAGGAGAUAAAGAAGCGCAUGAGACCAGGAGCUUCAGGGGGCUCCGAGAAACCUGACCUUAAAAUCGAAAGCACCCCGGUGCAACAGUCAGGCGGCGGCUGCUGUUAGACAACUGUUGUUUUCUCAGGGAGAGCAUGAGGAGCAGGACGGGACACCGGGGAGGAUUGUGUAGAGGUGGCCAAUCUGGAUAUCGAUGACAGACUUUCUCCUACAUGGUGCUCAAUAAAGUCAGAAUACAUUACCGUUGUUUAACAUUCAUGGCUCUUCCUCCUGCAUUUUUUUUGUGUUGUGUUUGAAAGUAAGAUUAAAGCACAGGCACACACUCGUUCAGGUACUUGCCUGAAUAAUGAAGGUGAUAAUGUCCAGACCACUGUGUUAAUAGCCGCUACCAUUCAUCCAUCUGUAUCAAUAUUCAUGAUUUCUGAACUGGGAUGCGCAACUCGAUGAAGUGGGGCCUUUUCUUGUCCAUGAUUUUCUGAAGAUCAAGUGGUCAGCAUGGUGAAGCAGUGACUCUCCAGCGUGUUCAUGUGGGGUUUGUCUGUGGUUCUGUGAUAUUAAACAACAUUGUUUUGUGUGCGUUUAUUAGCUUUUCUUUAUUAUAUUUUAUGUGUGUGAGUGUGUGUGUGUGU